UUUUUUUUGUGGGUGAAGUUUGCCUUUUUUUUUUCUCUCUCUCUUUAAUCUAUUCCCAUUUUUUUUUUUUAAUUCGACAUGUCAGAAUUUGAAGUCACUCAAGGAGUAUCUAAUCUUAACAUUAAAGUAGAAACCGAUGCCACUACAGUGACCACUGAUGUCAAGACUGGAGGACAAAACGUAACACCUUGGGAAGUAGAAGGUGCUAUUGUAGAUGGUGUUCAACAAGCCAUUGAUUAUACCAGACUCAUUGAACAAUUCGGUACAACUCCCAUCGAUGCUGCUUUAUUGGAACGAUUUGAAAAGUUGACUGGACGUAAACCUCAUAUCUUUUUACGAAGAGGCACUUUCUUCUCACAUAGAGAAUUGAGUCGUAUUUUGGAUCGAUAUGAACAAAAGAAACCUUUUUAUUUAUAUACUGGUCGUGGUCCUUCUAAUUCAUCUAUGCAUCUUGGUCAUAUGAUUCCUUUUGUCUUUUGUCAAUGGUUGCAAGAUGUAUUUGAUGUUCCUAUUGUGAUUCAAAUUACGGAUGAUGAAAAGUUCUUGUUCAAAUCCAAACUUACUAUUGAACAAUGUCAUCAAUUUGGUUUUGAAAAUGUAAAGGAUAUCAUUGCCUGUGGAUUCAAGCCCGAAAAAACCUUCAUCUUUUCUAAUCUUGAUUAUGUUGGCGGUCCCUUUUAUCACAAUGUGAUUCGUAUUUCUAGUUGUAUUACUUCCAAUCAAUCAAAGGCCACUUUUGGAUUCAAUGAUAGUGAUAGUAUUGGUAAAUUACACUUUGUCGCUGUUCAAGCAGCUCCUUCAUUCUCCAACUCGUUCCCUCAAAUCUUUGGUACCAAGAAGGAUAUCCCUUGUUUGAUUCCAUGUGCUAUUGAUCAAGAUCCUUAUUUCCGAUUGACGCGUGAUGUAGCCAAACGUUUGAAGUAUCCUAAACCAAGUUUGAUUCAUGCCAAGUUCUUCCCUGCCUUACAAGGUUCUCAAACCAAGAUGAGUUCUUCCGUGGAUAGUUCAGCUAUUUUCAUGUCUGAUACUCCCAAUCAAAUCAAGAACAAAAUCAAUAAAUAUGCAUUCUCUGGUGGCGGUGCUACUUUAGAAGAACAUAAAGCUAAUGGUGGUAAUCCUGAUGUGGAUGUUGCUUAUCAAUACUUGAGUUUCUUUUUGGAAGAUGAUGAAGAAUUAGAACGUAUCUAUAAGGCUUACAAAUCUGGUGAAAUGAUGACUGGUGAACUCAAGAAACGUUGUAUUGAAGAACUUCAAAAGGUCGUAGGCGGUUUCCAAGAAAGAAAAAAGUCCGUGACUGAUGAAACUGUGAAAUACUUUAUGGAUGGAUCAAGAAAGAUCGAUCCUUCUUAUUAGAUUCAGUGCAUUUAGUUUAACAAAUUGUAAAUUUUAUUGUACUUUUUUUUUUUGUUGCUACAGUUUAUUUUGGAACUCCGGUUUCUGCUCAAUAAAACUUUCUUUCUUGUUCUUUUC